AUGUCCUACGACGAGUAUUACGACGACGAGGAUCGCUAUCUCGAGACCAUUCACGAAGUUGAAUCGAUCAAGAGUCGCAGGGAGAGCGUUGCCCAUCCUCCGUCAGCUCUCCCAGAAUUGCCUUUUCGUGCCGUUCCUCCAAUGGGGCAAAGCGGCAGUCGGAUCCCUUCGUCAGUGUAUUCAAACGAGCACCAUCAACGUGAUAGCCGAAUAGCCUCAUCGUUGUAUUCUCAACCAUCGCCAACCUAUCCACUUGAUCACGUUCGAGGAACUGAGUCAGGCAGAGAUGAGCCGGCACCGGAUGAGGUCUCACCCAUGAGCACGCCUCGCUCGACUCCGAAUCACGUUGGCUCGGACUCGGACGCCAUAUCACCCUUGGAGGGCUCUUUCCCUACAGAAUCACGGGCGCCUUUGCCUGAGCGUGGUUUCAAGAGUCACAUACCGCGCCCUGUGUCGACCACGGAGCGGCAGACGCCUCCCAGCCAAAGAAAGAAGAAGGACGAAACCAAGUGGGACGAGUAUUCCGGAGAACCGACAGUAGAGAAUACUGGUAAACGUGGCUCGGUACACUUGGAAUCAUUGGAGAUGCAAUUCCCACAGCUCAAGGAGCGAACGAAACAAAUUCUGGCAGGUCUUCGAGAUCGAGACGCUACAAAUAAGCAGCCGGUAUGGGGCAAAGCACCCCCGCCGGUGGAGGAUUCCUUAGAUGGGCCUGUUCUGCAAAAAGUCCCUUGGAAAGGCGCCAGCGGCAGGGAGGCUACUGUCGACCCUGUUCGGAACACCCCAGCCGCUCGCAAAGGGCCGUUGCAUAUUCCACAACGCAACGUCAGCCAGUCCAAUCCAGUCGCCGAUCAAGCCAGAGCGCAGACACAGUCCUCCCAGCAUACUACAUGUCCAAUUCCCAGGAAGCAAGAACCCGUCAGAGACCCGAGUCCUGUAGAAGUGUCGACUCCAAAAGCAGACCCUUCAAUUCGCAUGAUACCAUCACAGGAGAGUGUUAAACCCAUUGCUCCGCUGAAAUUAAAAACCCAGAGGAUAAAAUCGCAGACGGAUCCCGGAAGUGACCCCUCCUUACAGAGUCCGUUUCAGAGUCCACCUCAACAACCGCACCAAACCUAUGGGCGGAGCCAGACAUAUGAAACGAACCAAGUCUAUGAAAGCCCUGUGCCUGAUCGGGCGGCCCAAAUGAAGCAGGGUGCAUACACCGAGGCCCCCUCAACGCCGGUGCAGAACCCCUCAGCGCCACUCCCUAGUAACAGUAUCAAAUUCAAUCAAGAUCUCCGUCCACCUCAUCAAGACGAGACGUCGAGAUUCAGCUCGACGACCUACGCCACUACUGCCAACGAGAGUCCGACCUCCAUGCACCCGGUCACAGAAAGCAGCCCAGUGCCUCCUAUGCCUCCUAUGCCACAACCCAUCACCAUACGCAAACGCCCUGUCUCUACUAGCCAAACUAUGUCCUCGCCAUACAGCAGCGGCGAAGCACGCUUCUCCAACGCCAGCCUCGUUUCCCGCAAACCCGUCGCGGACCGCAACCGGUCCUCUUCCAUGGCCACGAUCCAAUCUAACAAGGCAAAAGACCUCCCGCCCACGCCCCAAGAAAUGGAGGCUGGCGAUAAGAUCACAUCACUCGAGGCGCGGCAGAGCCAUCUGUACACGCGGAAGCGGAACAACAACAGGGUUCGCGCCGAGUUGGCGGACUCGUUGAAGCGCAACGCCAUCACUUAUGAUUUCUACAAGAGGAAGGAGGUGGAGAACCGCAUCAAGGAGUUGGAGUCGGAGAUGCAGGAGAUCCACCAGGAGGAGCACGACGUGGGCGUCCAGCUGCAUCGGGCGCAGAAGAAGCGCGACAAGAACAACCCCGAACAGACGAGUUUGUGGAUCAGUCGGGUGACGGCUUAG